AUGGCUGCAAAUGAAGGGGCUGAUGGACAUGAGGCCGCCUAUGAUCCAAUGAAAGAUCCAACAAGGAAGCCACAUCGGUCAAAUGAUUCGGGAUGGAAGUAUGGGUAUUGGCUCAGUCCUCCCAGUCGGGAAUCUGUUGUGUGCAAUCUUUGUGGUAAGAUAACUACUAGAGGAAUCAAGAGGCACAAGGAGCAUCUUGCUGGCUGUGGUGGAGAUGCGACUGGUUGUCCUAAGGCUAUCACCCAAAUUAUAAGAGAGAUGACAAAAUAUUUGGAGCAAAACAGGAGGAACAAGGGAAUAGAUGAUGAUGAGAAUAAUAAUGAGGUUGUGGAGGACAGCAGCCAAGAGGAACAAGAGAGGGAAUAUGUGAAUAUCCAGUGGGCAUUGUUUUUCUAUGAGUGUGGCAUUCCAUUCAAUGCUGCAAGCAGUAGACAAUUUGAGGUUGCAAUUGCAGCUUCUUGUCAAUACGGUUCAGGUUGCAAGCCUCCUAGUGCCUAUGAGCUGAGGCUUAAUGCUUGUGUCAAGGAAACUAGUACUUUGAGGAAGCAACACGAGGCAGCAUGGAAACAAUAUGGAUGCACACUCAUGUCGGAUGGCUGGUCAGAUAAAAGGGGUCGCCCCUUGAUCAACUUCCUUGUUAACAGUCCGGAGGGCACUUUCUUCUUGGAGUCGGUUGAUGCCUCAAGUGAACCACAUGAUGCUCAAAUGAUAGCUGAUCUGCUAGAGAAGGGAAUUAUGGAAAUUGAGAAAGAAAAUGUUGUGCAAGUUGUCACCGAAAAUGGUGUGAACUACAAGGCAGCAGGCCACCUUCUAGAGUUGAGGUUCCCUACACUAUAUUGGAGUCCUUGUGCAUGUCAUUGCUUGGAUCUAAUGCUGGAAGACAUAGGGAAGUUGAAGGCAUUCAAGAAGCCUAUUGCACGGGCUAGACGUGUCACAACUUUCAUCUAUAGGCAUGGAAGAAUUCUUAGUCUAAUGAGGAAGGCGACGAAUGGGCUAGAUCUUCUGAGACCUGCAGCCACUCGUUUCGCCACGGCCUUCCUUACACUGAAGAGUUUGGUGAGGCACAAGGCAGCUUUGAGAAGUAUGUUUACAUGUGCAGCAUGGGCUGGAAGCAAAGUGGCAAAAACACAAGCUGGCUUGAAUGUGCAAGACAUUGUGCUCUCAGCUGAGUGGUGGCAUUCAAUUGAGGACUACCUUAGAGCUUCAACACCGCUUCUUCGAGUGCUUAGGGUAGCGGAUGGUGAUGAGAAGCCUGCCAUGCCAGAGAUUACAACACUUAUGCUUUAUGCAAAGGAAAGGAUCAAUCAAAGCUUCCCCCAACAAAAUAAGCAACCUUUGCUUAAGAACAUCUUGGGCAUUGUUGAGAACCGUUGGGAGACUCAAAUGGAUCAUCCAUUGUAUGGGGCUGCCCUAUAUUUGAGCCCAGGAAAGUUUUUCCCUAUUGUAAAGAGGAAUUAUGAUGCCUUGUAUGGGGAGCUAAGGAGCUGCUUUAAUGAUGUGCUUGCAAAAAUGGCUCAUAUUGUGGUUUGA